UAGGUGUGCUACCUGCUGGGUGCCUGACUCUCUAAAGAGUGCAGGGAAACUGAGAAAGCGAACAGGGUACAAAGACAGGAGUCGAAUAGACAAAAGAGCUCUCUGUCGAGUGAAAAAGGGGAAGAGAAAGAGAGAAAUGUGAACAGGUGAAGCCGAGGUUUGAGCCAGGCAGCUGUUGGGGGAAGAGCAGAGGGCAGCGUGGAACCCCUGUGCAGCGCUUCCCAAGACUGGUUGGACAAGUUUCCCGACCUACCUCCCUCCCGCUCUCUCACACUUAAACGCGUUUCAAAUCGUUCAUACUUUUGUACAUAGUUGUCUGGAAAGGAAGGAAAGGGCAGAAUUAAAAACAUCAGCCUGAAGAACAGGAGGAAGGAGAGGGAAAAUCAGUUCAAAGAUCAACCCCUGAAAGGAAUUCAAGAUGCCAGAAGAGAACUUUUACGGAAAAAAUGGUGAACCAAGAAAAUAUGACCCCACUUUUAAGGGCCCCAUCUAUAACAGGGGCUGCACUGACAUCAUAUGCUGCAUCCUCUUCAUCAUCGCCAUACUGGGCUAUGUUGCCGUGGGUAUACUCGCCUGGUCUCAGGGCGACCCCAGGAAGGUGAUCUACCCCACGGACAGCAGAGGGCAGUUCUGUGGGCAGGUCGGCACUCCUCUGGAUCAGAAGCCCUUUUUGUUCUACUUCAACAUCAUGAAGUGUGCCAGUCCCUUGGUGCUGCUGGAGUUCCAGUGUCCUACCACACAAAUGUGUGUGGAGAAGUGCCCUGAUAAGUUUAUGACCCUCGUCAAGGCCAACAUCAACAAAGAAGACUUCAAAUAUUACAAGAACUUCUGCCAGGAGGGGUUGACCGACACAAUGACUGUACCAGAGAUCCUGAAAGCCGGCCUCUGUCCUGCCAUGUUGACUCCUAGCAAGCCCUUCACACGGAGAUGCUUCCCAGCCCUGGGCCAAAAGGGAGGCGAGAUCACCGUGGGAAACAGCUCCCAUUUUGACGACGGCUCGGGGACAAUGAGAGACGCCAAGGACCUGGUGGCAGGGGUCAAGAACGCCACAGUGGUGAUCGAGGCGCGCCAGGUGGCCAUGAAGAUCUUUGAGGAUUACACUCACUCCUGGUACUGGAUCCUCAUAGGCUUGGUCAUCGCCAUGCUCACCAGCCUGUUGUUCAUCGUCCUCCUGCGCUUCCUGGCAGGCAUUAUGGUCUGGGUGAUGAUCGUCAUGGUGAUCCUGGUCAUAGGAUACGGCAUUUUCCACUGCUCCAUGGAGUACGUCUCCUUGAAGGAAACUCCUGGUUCAGACGUUACACUGCAGGACCUGGGCUUCCAGACGGACUUCGCUGUCUACCUCCAGAUCAGACAGACCUGGCUGGCCUUCAUUAUCAUCCUGGCCAUCGUGGAGGUGGUCAUCAUCCUCCUGCUCAUCUUCCUCAGGAAGCGGAUCCUUAUCGCCAUCGCCCUCAUCAAAGAGGCCAGCAGGGCCAUAGGGCAUGUGAUGUCGUCUCUGUUCUACCCUCUCUUCACCUUCGUCCUCCUGGCAAUGGUCAUCGCCUACUGGGCCGUCACCGCUGUUUUCCUAUCCACGUCUAACGAGCCCAUCUAUAAGGUGUUCAACGAGACGGCGUGUGAGUACUCCAGACAGAACUGCGACCCAGCUAACUUCACCACCUCGGCCAUGAAGGCCAGCUGCCCAGACUCCGAGUGUCUCUUUGCCUUGUAUGGUGGCGAGACGCCCUAUCACAAGUACCUGAUUGGCCUGCAGUUCUACAAUGUCUUCCUGUUCUUCUGGUGCGCCAACUUUGUCACCGCGCUGGGUCAGAUGACCCUGGCCGGCGCCUUCGCCUCCUACUACUGGGCCUUUGUCAAGCCUGACGACAUGCCUGCCUUCCCCGUCUUCUCCUCCCUAGGGAGAUCUCUCAGGUACCACACGGGAUCUCUGGCCUUUGGUUCCCUGAUCCUCUCCAUCGUCCAGGUCAUCAGGGUUCUGCUAGAGUACCUGGACCACAAGCUCAAAGGAACAGAGAACAAGUGCACUAAGUUCCUGCUCUGCUGCCUCAAGUGCUGCUUCUGGUGUCUGGAGAAAUUCAUUAAGUUCCUCAACAGGAAUGCCUACAUUAUGGUAGCGAUAUAUGGCAAAAACUUUUGCGCGUCCGCCAGUGAUGCCUUUUUACUCCUCAUGAGGAACAUGAUCAGGGUUGCCGUCCUGGACAAGGUGACAGACUUCCUGUUGUUCCUGGGUAAACUGCUCAUUGUGGGCCUUGUGGGAAUCUUUGCAUUCUUCUUCUUCUCUGGGAGGGUGAAGGCGUUGGAAAACACAGCCCCUAACCUGCACUAUUACUGGGUGCCUAUCCUGACUGUGGUUGUCGGGUCCUAUCUCAUCGCCCAUGGGUUCUUCAGCGUGUACGCCAUGUGUGUGGACACUCUCUUCCUCUGCUUCUGCGAGGACCUGGAGAGAAAUGACGGUUCGGUGGAGCGUCCAUAUUUCAUGUCUGCGACCCUCCAUGACAUCCUGUGGGAGAACAAGGCUCCUGAGACCGGGGAUCAGGAGGCCUCUCUACCCCUGCGGUCCUCCAGCCAGGAGGUCCAGGUCCCGCUGCAGCUUCAGGAAGGGGAGAAGAAGAAGGAGGAGGAGGACACGGGUUAACUGGAGUAGUUAGAGCAGAGACGCUGUUGAUGGGCAGAACGAGGUCAAGUGGCGGAGGGCUUCUAGUCCACUCAAAUACCUUUUUUGUAGGAGUCUUCAGAAGUGCAUAGAGACGUUUUGAAGCAUUUGGACUGUAGGGGGAAGACACUAGAUGAAUCGCAGGCCGUUGUCAAAUGGUGUUUGAAGUCUUUUCAAGGACUGUAUAUUAAGGUUUGCUUAAACCUUGUACUGUAGGAGGUGCUCUCAUGUCUUGCCCCCCCCCCCGUCCUGUCUUAAGCCAAGUCACGUGCCUCAUUUAUAAACGUCCAGCUAAAAUAAUUUAUGGUUUACAGAUUACUGUAGCACUUAUCAGUAUUAAUCUGUGGUACAACUUGAACAACGUUAAGUGCACUUUUAUUUCUCAAGACCGAUUCACUGAUGGCUACAGCCAUGAAGUGAUCGUUUUGUAUCCUUUGGUAACUUCCUGAUGGAGAUGAUCGUCAGGGUAACAGCUCUAUGUGAGAGUCUAUCUAAAUCAAUCCAGUCUAAUAUAACACAUCUUGACUUGCAUUGACUGCCUGUCAACACAAGUGUUUUAUCAGCCUGGUUUUAAAAGGCACAGUCUUCACUUGCACUGUGUCACUAACAAUGUCAAAUGAGCCUUAAGUUUUUGCAUUCCCUCCAUCUGGUUGAGCAGACAUGCAAAACUAGGUGACUCGUGCCUCAAGUCCACGUUUUACAGGGUAGUUCCAGUAAAUAUAGUCGACCGGAAACCACAGGACGGCCCAGCCCAGCUUGACUACUGUAGGAUCGUUUAUUGUGGAAAAAGUGUAUUUGAAGAGGAACAGUUUGUUAGGGAAUUCAUCUCCGUGGUAGAGCUUUCAUACUGAAUCUCCUGUGCCUCCUUUUCCUCCGUGCCGUUUCUGCAUGUUGGUAGUCAUGCUUAUGAUCACUACAGGAUUAAAGAUGGUUUCCAUUU